AUGCUCCUCAGCCACAUCGUGUUCUUCGCCUCCGCCGCGCUCGCGACGCCGCUCCUCCCGCGCGGCGAGCAAGUCGUCUCCGGCGACGAAGUCACCGACACCAAGUGCCUCGACACGAGCGCCUCCCUCGACACGCACGAAACCAACGUCGCCCUCCUCAACAUCUGCGGCGGCAUAGCCGGCAGCAUCCAAAAGUGCGGGGGCCGGCCGAGCGCCACGACCGGCGAGGAAGGGCGCAGCCGCUUCGACCUGCAGGCCACGGAGGCGGACGCCGGCGCGCAGAUCAACAUCUCCAAGGGCCGCUGGGAGCGCUGCGUCAAGGCGGCGAGGUUGACGUGCCCGACUGGCACGUUUAUGAGCACGUGCGUGGGCGGCGCGACGAGUGGUGAUGUGCAAUUUAUGCUUAGUGAGGCGUGA